CUGGGUGCACUGUAAGUGUAUGCAAGCAUAUGUGUGCACGUGUGAACUGGUCUUAAGCAUUAGAAAGUUUAUUUGUGCACAUGGCUAGCUAGGGGUGUGCCUCCACCAGAAUAUAAAGGAACUGUGGAUUGGACGAAGGAGCGAGCUGAUCAGCAAAGAAAAUUGAUCUACCUAAGCCUUUUUGGACUGAUUCUGAGCUUCAAAUUCAGUCAACUGUCAUCUAGCACCAUCAACCAUAAAGAGCAAUAUGGGAAUAGAAGAGAAGUUGUCAGAAACAUCUGUCCAAACAACUGAAGCUGCUCCACAGACCUUGGGCAGCAAUGUAGCAAGCUUUGCUGCCCCUAGUAACAUCUAUUCAGCAAUUUUAAGCCGUAAUGAGGCUGUAAAAGAUGCUCGACGGCUCAAGGACUUUCAGGAGCUCAGAGACAAAUAUGUGCGCAAGAAGGUUCUGUUUGAAGACCCCCUCUUUCCUGCUCAAGACUCCUCUCUUUUUGAAAAUGAAAAGUUCCCUCUAAAGUUAGAAUGGAAGCGCCCAUCGGAUAUUUGCAGCAAUCCACAGUUCAUUGUUGGAGGAGCCAACAGGACAGACAUCUGCCAAGGAGACCUGGGGGACUGCUGGCUGCUGGCUGCCAUUACUUGCCUGACCCUGAAUGAUAUUCUCCUGCAAAGGGUGGUUCCCCAUGACCAGAGCUUCACUGAAAACUAUGCUGGCAUUUUUCAUUUCCAGUUCUGGCGCUAUGGUGAGUGGGUGGAUGUGGUUGUGGACGAUCGACUUCCCACAUACAAAAACAAGCUGGUGUUCACCAGGUCUGGACAGAAGAAUGAAUUUUGGAGUGCUCUUCUGGAGAAAGCAUAUGCAAAGUUACAUAGCUCUUAUGAGGCUUUGAAGGGAGGAAACACACUGGAGGCCAUGGAGGACUUUACUGGAGGAGUAACAGAGUUCUAUGAGAUUACAGAGGCUCCGAAGGAGUUGUACAACAUCAUGAGGAAGGCUUUGAAGAGAGGCUCCCUCAUGGGUUGCUCCAUAGAUACUUUGGUUCCAACUGCUCAAAUGACUAAAACUGUAUCUGGACUUGUGAGAGGCCAUGCAUACUCAGUCACUGGAGUUGAGCAGGGUAAACGGAAGGACAGUAAGGACCUAUUGAUCCGUCUGGUUCGUGUGCGGGACCCAUGGGGAGUUGCCCCCCCUCCCACCUGUAAAUCUAAUGACUGGGCUGCACUAGCCACCACUCAGCAAGACAAGGAGAGGCUCCAGCCUACAGAGCAAGGAGAGUUCUGGAUGUGCUUUGAGGUAUUUCAGAAGAACUUCACCAAACUGGAGAUCUGUAAUCUGACCCCAGAUACUCUGCAGGAUGACCAGAUGCUCAAGUGGAAUGUGUCAGUGCACGAGGGCCGAUGGGUGAAAGGCUGCUCCGCUGGUGGCUGCAGAAACUUUCCAGAAACAUAUUGGACAAACCCUCAGUACCGUCUGUCUCUUUUGGAGGUGGACAAUAAAGAGAAGACCUGCACAGUGGUGGUAGCACUAAUGCAGAAGGGCAGGCGAAACGACCGCUGCUCAGGUGGCACCCUAAACAACAUUGGGUUCGCCAUCUAUGAGGUUCCAAAGGAGAUGAAGGGCAACCAGCAACAGCUACCAAAAGAUUUCUUCCUUUACAAUGCCUCCAAGGCUCGCAGCAAGUCUUACGUCAACAUGCGUGAGGUGUCGGAGCGUUUCUGCCUGACCCCUGGUGAGUAUGUCAUCGUCCCGUCCACCUUCGAUCCUCACAAGGAGAGCGAGUUUCUUCUCAGAGUCUUCUCUGAGAACAGGAGCACAUCAGAGGUUAUAGAUGCAGAGAUUGAGACGGAGCCUGUGCAGACGGAUACUCUCAAGAAGAAAAUCAAGCCAUUCAAAACUCUUGAGGAGGAGACUGAAGAGGAAAAACAAUUCAGGGCUAUAUUUCAGCAGAUUGCUGGAGAUGACAUGCAUAUCAAUGCCAAUGAACUCAGGACUGUCCUUAACAGGGUGGUUGCCAAACAUAAAGAGCUAAAAACAGAGGGGUUCAGUCUGGAAAGCUGCAGAAGUAUGAUUGCACUCAUGGAUACUGAUGGAACAGGCCAUCUAAAUCUUCAAGAGUUUAAUCACUUAUGGAACAAGAUUAAAAUAUGGAAGUUGGUGUUCACACGUUACGACACAGACAAAUCCAGUACAAUCAGCAGUUUUGAGAUGAGGAACGCUCUAACUGAAGCAGGUUUUCAACUCAACAAUCAGCUCUAUGACAUCAUUGCCAUGCGAUAUGCCAAUGAACACCUGGAGCUGGAUUUCGACAGCUACAUUAGCUGCUUAGUGCGACUCGAGGGAAUGUUCAGGGCAUUUAGGGCUUUUGACAAGGAUGGAGAUGGCCUUAUCAAGCUGAAUGUUUCUGAGUGGCUUCAACUGACCAUGUAUGCCUAAGGAAAAUCAGUGGACCUUUCCAAUUUUCAGUCUCCAUUACAUGGAGCAUUACAGAAAGAAAAAGAAGAUUUUAAUCAAUUACAGCUCACCGCUGUGGCCUUCCUGUCAGAGAAUGCACACUUUAUAGUGCAAUGAAAAGUUCCAAAUCUUCAGAGGAUUAUGGUCUGGGAAAUCUUCAGAGGAAUCUGGGUUGAUGAGGAGCAAUAGGAUGGACCAUCAGCCCAUUAAACUUUUUGGUCUGACUCAACAAACCUUUCCCUGACAUUUUUAGCCUCACAAUACAAUUUGUGCAACUUACACAUAAACCAAUCUCAUACACUUCACAAACACGCGCUUUGGAACUUUGAAGUGCAUUCUUCUAUAUUAUACAUCGGGGCUUUUAACAUAAUUUAUAUGCUUAUGUUUUCGCUCUGGGUAGGGUAAGGUAUUACACUCAAUGGUUAGGUUCAGAGAUGGGUUUUGGAUUUACAUGGAACAAUCGCCAAAUUGAGAACUACAAUGACAUGAGGAAAGCGUUUCUCAUUGGUAGCUCUAUAACUUGUACGAUUUUGUAUGAAUUUGCCACCUCAUUCUAUUGAUGAAUUCUCAUGAGAUUUUGUUGCCUUUUCCAUGCCGCUCUGUGUCCCAUCUUUGUGUUUUGAUCAAGUGAAACAUUGAUUUUGGCUAUCAUUUCAAUGUGAUAUUUUGUCAUUCAACACAAUAUGGUUUUAUUAAGUGUAUUACCAGGAUAUCUCACACAAUUUUCUUUUAUCAUCUACUCACCCUCAUGUUUUUCCAAACCUUUAUUAACUUCUCUUCCAUCGAACACAAGAUGUUUGGCAAAAAGAUAGCCUCAAAGAUAGAUAAAGAUUUUCUCAUACAAUGUAUGUUAAUGGUGACUGAGGCCAUCCGUUGUCAAAUGUGUGCUACUAAAAUCAACUAAAACUUUUCUAUUCCAUAACCAAUAUAUACAGAACAUAAACAGCACAAAACAGAACAAAAGUUUAUUGUAUUUAUGACUACAAGCAGUCAAUAAACAAUGUGUAAUUGAAUAACCUUGAGUUAAUACAAAGCCUUUCAAAAUUAUUUUUACAUAUAUUUUUCAGAGUAACAAGAACACAGUUACACCUGAUACUCUGGUACACACACACUUUUCAGAUACAUAUGGUAUAUUUAUACUACUUGUAACAAACAGAAAUUGUGUUUUGCAAUGCCAUACAUCUAAAUAUGUUGUGAUGUGGCACAUGGAAUUGAAAUG